AGCAUCGCAUCCGUCCACAAACCUGCUUGGGAAAUAAUUCAUGAAUAUUUGUACCAACGUUUUGUUUCAAAUAGCAAACACCUGAACUUAACUAACAAUGGCUUCAGAACUAGGAGUGAACCAGCACCACCAGUCUCAGGUGAUCAACUACAUCCGUUUUGCACGUUACCAAAGAGGUCAGAGGUUACGGGCUGUAGAUGCCUGUUUUGAUGAACUACGAGACAGUCGGUUGACUGAAGGAACAUUCACCAUAGAUGAGGUGACUGAGAUGUUGGAGGGUCUGCAGACAGUGGUCCGGAGCGAGGCCGAGUCGGAGCUGCUCAACACGGCCCACACAAAUGUGCUGAUGAUGAGGCAGAUGUUCAUACAGGCAGAGAAGUGGCACCUCAAGCUGCAGGCUGAUAUCUCCGAGCUGGAAAACAGAGAUCUUUUGGAGCAAAUCAAAGAAUUUGAGGAGCGUGUUGCGGGUACAAAGAGAGACACAGAGUUUAUACCAUCAAAGCUUGCUCCUUUGAACGAGACGGGUGGAACUGCUUUGUUACACAUGAAAAUAGAAGAAUUGGAAGAAGAGAAUAAAACACUAGAACGCAAACUGAAGCUGUAUGAAGCUCAGAUGAGUGAUGAACAGAAGAGACAACUCCAGAUGUCAGGGGAAUUGGAUAAACUCAAUGCCAAGAUGGGCAGCUUGAAGGGAAGACAGGGAGGUGACGACUCGGAGGAGAUGAGGAGGAAGUUGUCUGACAUGGAGACAGCAUUAGAUUCUACUCGCAAGAAGGGACAGUUGAACGAGGCCAAUAUGGAGUCUGACCUUGCUGGUACAAAACAUGAACUUCUCAGAAUACGAGAGAUGUUGGAAAUGGCUGAGAAGGAAUUGGAGAAGAAAGUGAGUCAGACCAAUCCAUUCAAGAACCUCAAGCAGAUGCUCAUGAAGAAGAACGAACAGCUGAAGGAGCUAAGAAAAAGACUUUGCAAAUACGAGACUGUUGAAGACUGAAUGGAAUGUGCAAUAUAGAUGCACAUAUGCUGAAUGCCACAAAGUUACUAUUAGUGUUUAUUUUACACAACUUCUAUCAUCUAUGCUUUCAUCUGUGAUACUUCAACAACUGCAUAUUACCACAUCUGCCAUGGCAAGAUCUACCUAUUUGACAGGACAUGUCUAUGAUACGCAAUUUUUUAUUUGUUUUUGACAACUGCCAUUCAGUUUCGUUAGACAUAUUCUACUUAAAAGAAACUAAGGUCAUGGCAUAAUAAUUAGGGGUGUCGCGAUACG